AUGAAAAAUUUGGAGCAGCAGUUCUCGGAGAAUCUAUCAGUCACCUCCAUAGAUGAAACACAGUCUUCCAAGCCGUUCUGGGGAUACAUACUCUGUCGUCCUGAUUUCACUGAGCUGUUUCUAACCAAGUCUUCCACUCGUCCACGGAUCCUUUUCACCGUAGAAGUUAAAGGCAAGUUAUUAUUCUACUCUUCACCUCAGCCUCAAAAUCCAGAUGAUAACUCUACUCUUGUAGCCACACGUUAUGAUACGUCUUUUCCCAAAUAUGUUCCAUCUGAUCGAUGUUCUACUGUCUGUGGAUUGGCCCUUCUUCAUAGUUAUAUUAAAAGACAGGGGCGGGUGUUUUGUAACCCUGUCACGGGAGAGUUCAUAACCUUACCCAAACUGCUUCUGAAAGACAAAAGCACCUUACCCCAAGUGAAAGCUAAGAGUAGUAACCCCAACACAGAAGCGAAAGCUAGGAUUUCAAGAAUAUGUCUUGGCUAUGAUCCGAUCAGCAAACAGUUCAAAGUAUUGUGUGUGAUCUCAUCACGUGGUGGAGGACCCAAUACUCAUCAGGUUUUGACAUUGGAGUCUGGAAAACGUUUGUGGAGAAGGAUCGAAUGCCAGUUUCAUUUUACGGAGAGUCAUCGUAUGUUUGAUGAAAUAUGCAUAAAUGGUGUUUUGUAUUUCAGAGCUAAGAUGAGACAAUCUUCUGUGAUAGUUUGCUUCGACGUUAGGUCUGAGAAAUUCAGCUUUAUCAACUUAGACAAAGACAUGGGAGGAAAGAAGGGUUAUUACGCUUGUGGUGAGAUGAUUUUGUUCAAAGGUGACAUUGUGUUCUUGUCGUUCCCGUACGACGACCGAUCAAAGCUUUACUUUGUUUACUUCUUCAAUCCCGAGAGGAAAACCUUUGCAAGAGUCAAUGUUCAGGGAUUUGAAGAGUUUGAGAAUCGUCUGAAACUCUCCCUGAGAGUACCAAUGAGAUUGUUCUCCGACGAAAAUAUUCAACUCCUCUGA